GACAGGUGAUAAUGGAUUAAAUUUAUUUAUUUUACUGUGUGUGAUAAAAGCGAUAAUUUGAUAACACACUGCGUUGGGUUCCACUCUGACUGAGCUUGUUCUCGGAUGCCCAUGCGUCCAUUGACUUGCAAUCAUUCGUGAUCUCUAACCUAACGCGGGCUGUCGCCUUCUGUUUUAAUUUUCGUAUCUACGUUCGUGUAAGGUUUUUGCGAUGGCUGAGAAACAAUUAAAAAACAGAGUUUGCAUAAUUGGAUCGGGCAAUUGGGGAUCAGCCAUAGCAAAGAUUGUUGGCAAAAAUGCAGCAAGAUUGGCAAACUUUGAAGACCGGGUCACAAUGUGGGUAUAUGAAGAAAUGAUUGAAGGGAAGAAGUUGACAGAAAUUAUCAAUGAAACACAUGAAAAUGUUAAAUAUUUGCCUGGUCACAAACUGCCCCCCAAUGUUGUAGCGGUCCCCGACGUGGUAGAGGCGGCAAAGGACGCCGAUCUGCUUAUUUUCGUAGUCCCACAUCAGUUCGUCAGAACAAUAUGUUCCACACUCCUCGGAAAGAUAAAGCCCACAGCGGCGGCACUUUCCCUGAUAAAGGGCUUCGACAUCGCCGAAGGUGGCGGCAUUGACCUGAUCUCUCACAUCAUCACGAGGUGUCUGAAGAUCCCGUGCGCGGUGCUCAUGGGGGCUAACAUUGCGUCAGAGGUCGCAGAAGAGAAGUUCUGCGAGACCACAAUCGGUUGCCGAGAUGUAAUGCUUGCACCGAUGAUGCGUGAUAUCAUUCAAACAGAGUACUUCAGGGUCGUCGUGGUCGACGACGAGGACGCCGUCGAGAUCUGUGGAGCCCUCAAGAAUAUCGUGGCCGUGGGCGCGGGUUUCGUGGACGGCCUGGGCUUCGGCGACAACACCAAGGCCGCCGUGAUCCGGCUGGGCCUGAUGGAGAUGAUCAAGUUCGUGGACGUGUUCUAUCCAGGGAGCAAGCUCAGCACCUUCUUCGAGUCGUGCGGCGUGGCCGACCUCGUCACCACCUGCUACGGUGGUAGGAACAGGAGAGUGGCGGAAGCCUUCGUGAAGACUGGCCGCUCCAUCAAGGAGCUGGAAGACGAGAUGCUCAACGGACAGAAGCUGCAGGGACCCAUCACCGCUGAGGAAGUCAACCAUAUGCUGGCCAACAAGAAUAUGGAGAAUAAGUUCCCUCUGUUCACCGCCGUGUUCCGCAUCUGCCGAGGCGAGCUCAAGCCCAGCGACUUCAUCGACUGCAUUCGCAGCCAUCCGGAGCACAUGUAAGACAUUCCUUGCAUCCGCUUCCCUUCUGACUAGCUUUUAUUCUAGACAUAGAGCCUAUUUACAUACGUAGAAUAGACGCCAUAACUUAGUCAUGUACAUAACAUUUAUAUGUAUGUUUAUUUUACAGGGUGCUAGUACUUAGAUAAUGAUUUAUCUAUACGUAUCUCGAUGAGUAUGAAUACAUGACUGCACUCGUUCGAUAACAGAUUUUAAUACGUCGGCAUAUUGAUUACUUGUUUCCCUGUAAACACCUAGCUUACUGUGGAGCUCUGUUUAAUGUUGAUGGUUUAUUAUAAGCAAGAUUAUGUUGUACAAAACUUUCCAUUUACAUAAUUUUUAUACUAAUAUAAAUAGAUCAUUUUUGAAUAUGAUAUACAUAUUUAACUUAAUAUUAAAUUAUUUAUUUAUAUUCGAGUAAGUAUACACGUAAUUUAUGAUUAAAAGUGUUUAACCCAUUGAAAAAAAAAAAACUGAUAAAGUACACAAAGGUUUACAUUGUGCACAUUUAUUCAAGUAGUAAAAAUAUAGAAUCAUUCUAGUGUAGUGUGAAAUCAUUAGCAGUCAUUUGAAAUUUUGGCUAUUAUUACUGCCUGUAUGUUAAGGUAUAAUAAUAACUGAUGAUAGUAAUUUAACUAUUUGUCAAUUUAGCAUAAUCUCCAAGGCUGUGUACGUAAAAGACAAAAGUAAUGUUUUAAUGAUGCGUUAUCGAAAAUUGCAGUCAUGUUGAUCAUAGUGUAUGUAGUAAGUGAAUAAGGCAUGUAAAAAAAAUAUUGUUAUACAACUAACUUUCACCAGCUGUUGAAAUAUAUUAAUGUUGUUGCUAAUAUUGUGUAGGCGAUAGUAGCUUUAUCUUUGUUGAUGAAUUAACUGUCAUAUAAGCUAACAAAUUUCACCUGUAUGAGUUGUUAUCUCCGGCCACUAGUAGCUUCGUAUAAAUGAACAUAUUCGAGUGGCGGCUGUUGAGAUAACUUUUAUUGAUGUUGUCCAGUCCAAACUAGCCGAUAAGUACAAAAAACAUACUAAAUCAUAUUAUUUAAUGUAAGAGUAGGAUAACAUAAAUAUCUUUUUAUCAUAUUGUAAGUGUUAUCUUCCCCAUUUUGUUCACGACGUAACUAUCUAUCCGAAAUAAAGGGGAAACUUGUAUUCAGUCGUGUUAAAAAUUGAGUUACUUCGUCGAUAAUUAAAAUAUAGUGAAAUAUUUGUUACCGGUGUUUUAUUACAAGUUGCAAGUGCUUUAGUUAGAACCCUUUGAGUUUUUUAAUAUUUUUAAUACAUUAACAUAU